ACACUACAAUUUUAAGCAUAAAUACAUUGGAGGUGCUCGAACAAUCCCAACAUGUAUGGUGCCUUUGAGACUUUAUCGGGCUGCACCUGCACCUUCAAGAAUAUAGCUCUUGGGCUCUAGAAUGCAAGCAGUCGCUUCAACCGAAACUGCGGCACACUGGAUUUCAAGGGUCCAGCAGAUCGCCAGGCAUGGACGGUGGGAGGAGGUUUUGAGGUACUUGGCUAACAAACCUUACGAAGUUGCAUUGGAAGUUGUCUACAGCAUAGCGAUAGUUGCUUGUGGCCGAUCUUCUCGCUGGGAGUGGGCUUUAAGACUUUUGCACAAACUGCAGAAGACAACAGAGACAAAUGUGGUUGUUGUCGGAUCCACAAUGGGUGCUUUCCGCAAAGCUGGCCGGUGGGAGCUGGCCAGUCUUCUGUUGGGAUUGCAAUGCCGAGUGCAACUCAAUACUGUUGUUUACAACGAGGCAAUUGCUUCCUUUGCAGGAAUGUGGCAACAAGCAGGAUUAUUGCUAGACAAGGUGCAGAACGGAUGGGAAGCAGACGUGAUAAGCUACACGGCACUACUCAGUGAGAAGAUGCAAUGGGAUCGAGCAUUCGCUCUGUUGCACUCGAUGAGCCACGCUUUGUGGAUUCAAGCAGACACGAUUCUUUACAAUGCAGCCAUCGCUCCGAGUGUAAAGGCACGUCGAUGGGAAGAGACACUGACCCUAGUCAAAGAAAUCCAGAAACAAGCACUACAACCAGAUGAAUUUUCGUUCAAUAUGGCUUCUACUGCAUGUGAGAAAACGCGAUGGCAACAUGCACAGCAGUGUGUUCGAUGCCUUCGUAAUGCAAACCGUGUGGGCUCCAUCAGCUUUAGUGUGGCCCUCAAGGCAUGCAGCUGGACAGCAUGCUGCGAGAUGCUUCAAGAGCUUUGCCAUGUCACGGUGCAGGCAGACUUGAUGCUCUACAAUAUUGCUAUGACACAAGUUUCUGCAAACUGGGAGACCGCUCUAGUGCUGCUACAGAGCAUUCAUCGGCAACUUCAAGCCGACACUGUCUCUUUCAACUCUGCAAUCAAUGCAUGUGGGAAGAGAGUCACAUGUUGGGCCCAUGCGCAGCAUUUGCUGCAGGAUCUUAAUACCCAUCUGCGGGCAGAAUUGGUGUCCUAUACCUCAGUGAUUGAUGUAUACAAGGAUCUAACCCGUUGGCCUGGAGCUGUGGUGCUUUGGGAAGAGCUGCAGACCCGGAACCUCAAGACCGACAUCACUUGCGCUUCUGCUGUAUCUGUUCUAGACUGGAGAUUAGCUGUUCUUUCCCUCUACAUCUCUGAGCGCAGGAGCAUCAAGUCUGAUUCAAUUGCAUAUAAUGAUUGCAUGAGUACAUAUAGCACCAAAGAGGAAACAUGGCAGCACGCAGAAGAGCUCUUAGCGAGAAUGGGAACCUUGAAUGUGCAGAUCAACACGAUCACUUUGAACACGGCACUUCACAAACAAAGCAAAUGGCAAUGGCAGAAGGUGCAGUUGUGCAUCGCCAAGCUGGAGGAAUCAGACUUGGUGACUUUGAGUGAGGCAUCAGUUCUUUUUGACAGGGCUGGAGAGCAGUUGCAAGCAGCCUCAUCUUUGGGAUCACUUGCAACUACAUGUCAGUCCGAACUGAAGCAAAAAGGUUCAGAAGGCAAGCAGGAGUUUGCGAUAGAAGCAAUAAUAGAGGUCAACCGCUCAUGCACAGUAAGUCAGAUUCCCCAUGCACCGUUGCAUUUUUGUUCAAGUGGCCUGGCUAUGUCGCACUACCGAACCUAAUGGGGCCAUGCUAGAAUGCAGCCGCAGCUUUUGCUAAUAGCAGGAUGUUUACUACUAGCGCGCGGUGUUGAACUCUUGGACGUGGAGAAGGAUGUCAGAGUCCAGGCUGAGACUGCAUCGUACUGACUGAGAGGGCGAUGCAGUGGGGAAAACUUACAAAGUACUUAGCUUUGAUCAACUUCACGGAUCAAUACACUCAGCCGACGUUUCUUUGGCCUGUGCGUAGUACUACUUUAAGACCCCAGGAGAGGAACUUGGCUUCGGCAUUAUCCUGGUGUAGGCCUAUGGCUGCUUGGAAGUUGCGCCUACUCAAUACUUCUCAGUUUUCUGAGAUAACAAUACCUCAAUUAGCUUUGCUUCAUGCUUCUCAGCGUCGUCUUUGUAGUCUUCAAUGGCUUGCAGUGCCUGACCUUGCUGACUUGUGCAAAAAUUUUCGGCGAUUGCAGCCCUCAACUUUCUCAGGUAAACUGUUUCCC